GGGGAUGACAGUGAUGACAGAUCUGUUCGCAAUCAAAACAAACCUACUGCGAAAAGGAAAAAUAUAAACACCGAAAGCUGUCGCAAUAAACAGUGACCUUAUGCAAUUUUGUCGUAGAAACAUGAAGUUCGUCUAGUUUUCAUCAAUUACACUCGGUACAAGAUGAACGCGCUCGUGCAAAGACGCUUUGCUUUUCCCAUCGCGUCGCUGCUACAACGUCGAUUGUUGUCAAAUGCGGCACCGAAUGCAGCCGACGCAAGCUCGGUGCAGCUGAGCAAUACCUGCAUCAAUCGCUUGAAGGAAAUUUGCAAAACCAACUCCUUUCUUCGCGUUGCGGUAGAAGGAGGCGGCUGCUCCGGCUUUCAGUACAAAUUCUCGGUCGAAAAACAGCUCGGCGACGAUGACGUCGUCGUGAGCCGGGACGGUGUACAGGUGGCGAUCGAUAGUGCAUCGAUCGAGUAUCUGAGCGGCGCCACCAUCGACUACCACACGGAAUUGAUACGUUCCGGGUUCCGUGUGAUAAACAACCCCAAGGCAGAUCAAGGCUGCUCCUGUGGCGCCUCGUUUACGGUAAAAUUGGACUAACCCUAGGAUGGUGUAAAUACUUGCUGAACUGUACACUCUGUGUUAUAGCAAUAUGUAAAAUAUAAUAAACUCACGUUCAAUAUUUAUUA